AUGUCUUUCCGCGUGAUGACCCCCAAGCCCUCGAAGCCACAGAUGACGUCCCACUCCACGCCAAUCUCAGGCUAUGGGCGGAGCCCGAGUCUUGACCCUCCGUCCUUCACCACUGACGACCUCGCUACCGCCAAGUACAUCAGGUUUUCGAGGAUGCUAGAGUGGCUCCGUAUCGCUCUUGCCAUCACUACCCUCGCCGCAGCAACAACAGUCACAGCGUGCGCCGGCGUUGCAUUACGAACGUACUCCGACACUCGUGUCCAACCCGAGUGGCUGCUGCCUGUGUGGCCACACAACGUCGACUUGCGGCCCACGCACGCAGUCCUCGCAUGCGGUAUCAUCAUCACCAUCUUCAGCCUUCUAUACGUGAUUGCUGCUUUCGCUCCAUUGCCAAGCAAGACGCGCAAACUCAAUCUCGCCUCCGCCUUCUUCGCCAUCGUCUCCUUCAUCAUCGCACUCUUCACCACCAUCUUUGCAGCGGUCAUCGCAAAUAACGUCGCCCAAAGCAACUCGACAGGCACGCUGAACUCAUGGACAUGCAAAUGGCAAGGCAUCGAGGAGCACGCCACUCCAACCAACUUCAACAAAAUCUGCAACAACUCGAGCGCAUCCUAUGACCUGGUGGUCUUACUCGUGGUGAUGGAAUUCUUGGCAUUGGUCAUGGUGGGCCUCGGGUUUGCCGUUGACAAGAAAUUGAAGGCAAGCGCUGCGCGGGGAAUGAGUAAGGUUGAGUUGGUCUAG